CAUCUCCCCUCGUCUCUGUGAGCAACAUCAUCACAAUCAUCACAAUCUCCCCUCGUCUCUGUGAGCAACAUCAUCACCAUCAUCACAUCUCCCCUCGUCUCUGUGAGCAACAUCAUCAUCACAUCUCCCUGGUCGCAGCGCGCCUCGUCAUCACACCCCGCGGCGCAAGAGCUCGGGAUCAGCCCCUCUGCUGCUGCUGCACGAUGGACAGUGACGCCAACGACUUGAAGGCGCCAGGGCACGUGUCUACACAGGAUGACGACCGAGAGGAACAGGACAGCAAUUGCAACUACAACUACGUGCCCUCGUCACAGUGCGACGCCAACUCAAACAACCAGAACAUCUAUGUGGGCCUCGCAAACUACCAUAAUGUGAAGGCGAACAUCAACAAAGAGAAACACAUGGCUCAGUACUCUAAAAUUUCAAGCGAGAAUGUGUCACGUGGUCAGAGCACUCAGAAUGUCGGCAAGAUUUUGGACCUAACCAAUGCGCGUUGCUUUGUGCCGGACAAUGGCUUUGGAGAUAUUGAUAAUAGUGAUGAUGAUGACGAUGCAAAUGAUAACAUUAAGCGGGGCACCACCCUGCGAGGAAUUGGCCCACAACUCAAAUCACUUCGUGGAUGCCAGACAGCCUUUGCCGAGGUUUUGAACAGUGAAUUAAAUCACUCCUUUGAUGCGAAAUUAAAGGAAACGAACAAAUACGACGUCGACAAAAUGAAACACAUCCCGAAAGGACAUUCACAAGCUUCCUCCUGUAAACUUCAACCCGGUGGGAACACGUUAAUUCUUGAUUCCGUGGAGUCUCGUGGCUCGUUGGAAAUUCCAAGAAGCAAAGAGAAGAACUCCGUUACCAGGGAUUUCCUAAAGGAUUCAAAGAAAGUGAACGUGGAUUCAGAGAAUGAAGAGGGAAGAAAUGAAAUGGACAAGGAAACAAGUACACAGGCCUCAAUAUGUUUGGAUUCUAAGGACUUGUACACAACACGUGGGGAAGAUUCUCAAACCUGUUUUGAAAAUACAGAUUCCAAAACUGAUUGCAAAAAUUUGCAUGGACAGGAUCCAAGCUCUGAGUUUGUUGGGGCGAGUGAAGGGAAAUAUUCUACAUACAAUGACGGGCAAUCUGAACACAGUUCACAAGACCUCAACUCUGUGAACAUUAAAGAACAUGAACAUAAUGAUUCAGCGGAUAAUGAUAAAAACCUCACGAAGUUAAACGAUGUAAACUCUUUAAAAAAUGUGUUCCAUUGCAAAAACGACAUUUCAAACGCCAAAGCUGAGAGUUGCGCGUAUGUCGAACGUCCGCAUGACAAUUUCGGUCAAAUUUCAGACAGAAAAUCUGAGGAUCCCCGGCGCUCCCCACCACCGCCACCACCACCACCACCACGUACCGGCGGCUUCCCCCAUACCGCGGCGUCGCGAGACGGCGGAGAAGGCGGCGAUCGCUCCCGCGUGUUCCCCUCGCGGUCGCGUUCCGGCGCCCGCGCCACCGCCCGGGAGAGUUCCGCACCGUGCCGUGACCCCGAGGCGCUGAGGCGGGCCCGCGACGCCUGCGCGGAGCACAGGCAGCUGAGGGAGGAGAGCAGAGCCCGCAUGCGGGCCCACCUCAUCAUGUACCGCCGCCUCAUGCUGCUGCGCCUUAUCCGCGCGCUGCGCCUCAAGACGCUCGAGCAGCAGAGCCGGCUCCAGUGCUGCUACGACGUGAUCCUCGACACGCGCAAGGAAGUCCUCAAAACGGGCGUCAUUGACCAGUGUCAAACCUCUGUGUGACGUUGUUGCCCGUGCGGGCCCAGAAGCAAUUAUCUCUCGCCUACUGUUAAGGGGAAAAAAAAUGGCUUUGUGCUGUAAUGUUGUGUUGUUGACAGAUUUUAAUCGUAACAUCAGCGUUAUCAAUGUUCCCACUAACUUUUCCCGAAUGCGACGUUGAGCUCGUGUCCGUAAUGCAGUCUCUUGCUGUGACCCCCCCUCCCCCUCUGUGCAGUAGAAGAUGGCUUACUCAUUCACACUCUCUACAAGGCUGAAAGGUCAUCCUCCCCCCCAAGCGGGACACACAAACAACACAUAUUGCAGCUCAAAAAAUCAUCAUGUCCUCGCUUCAGUCUGCACUCCAAGAUCACCUACGCGUAUUCAUGGGACGAGACCGAAAAUGACACGUGGUGCAUGUGACAAUCACUUGAGCUGUAUCCCUCUUAAACUAAACAAGAGAGUGACGGAAAAAAUCACAAGUGUGUAUUUUUAGAUAAUCUCAUCAAGCUCGCUAUAGCGUGUCCUCCAGGCUGACGAGCAGACUGUAGUAGCCUACUUCUAUUGUGAUCAUAGAGCACGGUGUAUAGACCAAUAAUCCUGUCUUUGUUACAUUAGCCACAAUUGUGUCCAAGUAUUAGUGUCGUUAUUUUAAAUAUAGCAAAUAUGUGCACAAUCUGCUAAGUGGCUAUAUUUAAGUCGAUGUUUGUGGCAUGCUAGUUAAAGAGAAAAGGAAACAUUUACCAAUACAUUAUAUGGAUUAUUUCCUGCUGUACUAAACCGACGAAAAACACGGGAGAAUGUGGACUGGAUUUGAAUGGUGCAGUGAACAAAAAAUACAGCCCGUCCUCCUAUAACGAGGUAGUUGCGUUCUUGAAGAACACUGCGUUAUGGAAAAAUCACGUUAUAAUAAAUAAUGUAGGGUAAAGCACAGUCCGCAAUAACACGUGAAAUGCGUACGCAGGCUGAACAAAGACUGAGGAGCGUGCGUAGCAUCUAGAAGCAUCCAGCAGCAUCCCAAUGUCUCGUGUGAUGCUACGCCGACGCCGCCGUACAACCGCUCAUUCCUACUCGCGCGAUGUUAUUCCGUUCACUGAAUUGGCAUCUGAGUUGUACAAAAAUGUGUUCCCCCAUAAGUUAAUCGCGUUAUAUUCAAGUUCGCGUUAUGAACACCACACGCCGUUGUAGAACGGACUGCAAUGAUAAUGAAUUUCAUAGGCAGGUGACACGGACCAGCGGCAACGCGAUCGUUACUUUGUUGCAGAGGUUCGGGGUUGAAAUCCUGCGGCCGACCUGGUUAUCACUGCAGGGUGUAAUAACCAUAACAAUUCCAACCUGCCCUCUGCCUCACAGAGGACGUUCAAGAUCCCCUGAUGUAAUUCCCAAGAGUAGGCCAUCGUGUGCCAGAGUCAGGGUCCACAUUUUCCAAAUUCGAUUACACCGCAAAUUACUCCGUUGAGAUUGAGCAGAUCGAUCAAUUUGGCCACCGAUCGAACAAAGACGUUCACGGCAUCGCGCGCUUUCAUGAUGUGCUUCUGCGGCCGUCUGGAACGCUCUUCUUUCCUCUAUAAGGAGCGAUCCGCUUUUAAAUAUAGAUUGAAAACUCGUUUCUUUAGGACUGCUUUUUGUGUUUAGUUUGUUGUCAUCUCCCCCCCCCCCAACACCUCCGAUUAGCACGGUUGGCUACGUAUGGUGUGAAAGAAAUUCAACAUACAUCGCAGCAAAAUCAUCACCACCUACUGGCAGAUUAAUGCCCCGGGUCACUCUUGCAAAUGAGACUAUCCUCUGGUCUCUUGAGGACUCCCCUGAUUAAACAAAAUACAAUGAAACGAAACUUAAUGUUAAAAAAAACUAAAUUUUUCCCAACGUUGGCCCAUCGUCCCCGCCGUACCUAUGAUGCACGGGCUGGCGUGAUACGUUUGCCAUGUGCAUGAUUCGGCAUUGGAGAAAUGAGGGCCUGAGUUUAUAAGCAAUGUUUUAUGCAAUUGCUGAAUUCAUACGUGGCAUAAGGACUCAAAAGUCCAAAAUGUAAAAUCUUGGGAUCCCUCAGCAAAUUGAGGGGCAAAUGUCUCGCCUGGUUUUGAGUCUCAGCCCACGCGGAUUUAAGUUUGGAGGUUUUUGCAAGGGCAUGAGAUUCAAACUUGACAUCAGAAUUUGAAGCUUCAAAAAAAACCGAUAACUUUUCGAUUUUUUUGGGCCCUCAUAUUUCUGAGGCUAAUCAUUGUUAACGAUUUUUUUGUUUCGUUAAUCCAGUCCCACGAGGGGAUUCGUUGUAUCUUGGGUGUGUUUCGCAACGGUGUUGACAUUAAAUACAUUUUAUCCCUCAUGAUUUAUCAUCGGACACCGUCGUCACCAGAGCAGCAGCACUCAGAUCUCGUGAACGCGGUCUCAGUCGUCAUUCUUAUUCAUCAAACACAAUAAACGUGAACAUUUUUGAUUUAAAGCUAAGAAUACAAUAAACGUGAUCAACGGGGGGAGUUUUCCCUCACAAUUGUAA